AUGGACGACAACUCGGACGACGAGCGUCACGAGCGCGCUCUUGGAGGCUUCGGCGCGUUCGGUGCUGCAACGCCCGCCGAUCCCGGCCCGCCGCCGCGCGCAGGCGACAACGCGGACUUUGACGCGCACUUUUUCGAUAUCUUCGGCGACGUCGAUGACGGCGUCGACUACCAUGAAUUGCGUCGGGCCAUUGCUCUCUCAAUGCAAGACCAACAGGCCACGGGCCGCGCCGACGAUCCAAUCGUGCUUGACGACGACGACGAUGAGCUUCAGGCCGUCCUGGCCAUGAGCAAGGCGGAAGCAGAACAGACUACGCCCCGCAAGCGCGCCCGCUCAGAAACGCCAGAGGAGGAGCGUAGGCAGAUAGCACAGUACGUUUGUCUUCUCUCCCUUUCCGCUGUCUCCUCACGAGAAGCAAAGCUGACAUCCAGGGCCAUCGCUGCCUCCCGGAAACGAGAGGCGACUCCGUACGACAGCGACUCGGACGGCGAGAUCGACCGCAUGAACGCCGCCCUCGAAGCUUCGCGCAAGGAAGAGUUGGAGCGCCGCAAGCGUCUGCGCCUUGAUAGUGGCUCUGCAGCCGGUUCCGCCCCGUCCACGCUCCCCAACAGUCCUGCCCCUGAACGACCCGCCGAACCCGCUCGUCCAGUCGGCCUCGGGGCGUUGGGUAUCGACCGCGCUCAGAUGGAGAAGGAACGUCUCGCCCGGCUUGCCGCCAGGCAGAACUCGAACGGUGAAGGGGCAGCUAAGGACUCCCCUGCGCCCGCUUCCAACCCUCGUCCCCCGCCUUUGUCGCGACCCGGCCCUUCCUCUCGCGCUGGACCUUCCUCGCCACCCAGAUCGCCCCAAAGCGACCACCCGUACCAGGGUCGCGGGCCCUUCCCUCGCGACGCCGCUGGGGAGUACUACCUCGACGGAGAGCUGCGACACGUCGCCCUCAAGAUCGGCAAGGCGACCGGCGAUCCGACGUUUUCCCCUCGCGACGUGUUUGGUAACGUGAGCUCCGGGAUUGUUGGUAUAGCUGACGCGCAGCCUGAACAGAUUGACUUCCUUAUCAUGUCUUCCUUUUGCUGGGAUGGCAUGUUCAUGGACUCGGGCUUCCUUCCCCAGACCGACUUGUGCCCGACGAUCCGUGUUUGCCGUCCUCCAGGCGACCAGUGGGACCGGCGCCGCAAGUCUGGCAAGUUGACCAUCAGCGACGAGGGCGAGGUGCACAUCUACCCGGACAUGGCGGGGAAGGAUGGGUAUGGUUACGGCGGCUGCAGGCUACUAACCAGCAGGAGUGAGCACCAGAAAUGGGCCUUCGUCUUCUACAAGACGGGCCGGCUGCGCGUCGCAAUCAUGACCGCCAACAUGGUCGACUACGACUGGGAGCGUAUUGAGAACACGGUCUUCGUCCAGGACGUCCUCCCUAACAAGGCGGGCCACUCGCCGGACUGGCACCUCCCCGACUUCCCGCAGCAGUUUGCCGACCUGUUCAAGCAUCUCAAGAUCCAUAAGGGGAUCGAGUUCAUGCGUCAGACACACCCGCUCGGCAGCCAGGUUCCCAUCUCGUCUGACCCGAGCUACACCGACUUUGGCAAGUGGGAUUGGUCGCGCGUCAAGGCGCGGCUGGUCAUCAGCAUUGCGGGCAAGUAUGAGGGUUUCCAUGACAUGAGCAAGUGGGGUAUCGGCCGCCUCGGACAGGUCGUGCAGGAGGAAGGAUGGCUGCCCGGAGCUGGCGAGCGUGUGGUGGCGGAGUACCAGUAUGGCAUGGACUGGAUGCGCAACUUCUACCAGUGCGUUUGUGGGAAGGAUUUGAAAUCCAUCGCGGCACUGCCGAAAGCGACCACUUGGCCGCCUAUGAAGGUCGUCUUCCCCUCGCUGGCGACGGUGGACGCUAGCAUCGGCGGAAGAGACCAACUACAAAAACGAGAAGACCAAGCCGCUGCUGCACGACGCAAACUCGAAGCGCGGCGGUGUGCUGAUGCACUCGAAGAUGCUGAUUGCAAUGUUCGAGCCGAUCCCGACGACAUUGGGAGCGUCGGGAUCGUCCAAGGCAGUGGGAAAGCAGAAGGCGAAGCUUGGGGAACGUUGAACUUCAAGAACAAACCGCCAACCCUUAAUGCCCAGAAGGUGGCUUCUGCGAUCGCGCCACACUCGCGCCCCCCUCGCAAGUACAGUUCUGAUGAUGAGCCCUGGGUUCCGCGGGUACAGUCAGGCACGACCGAGGCAGCGGUCCGUGCGCUCGAGCGAGACACUCCCUAUGACGAGGAACCAACUUUUUGCCGCCCAGGACAACAGGUCUUACCACUUUUGUUGUUGUCUAUCUUGAGAUUAAUCAUCAUCGACAUGUCUUCGGCAGACGGCAAGGUCUUCUCUAUCGUCGGCAAGAACCUCAAGGCCAACACCAAGGCCGACCUCGAGCCGUACCUCACCGAGCUCGCCGAGCUCCCGGACGUCGAGGAGGUCCACUUUGGCGGCAACUCUCUCGGUGUCGAGGCGUGCGAGGCCCUUGCUGCUGUCCUCAAGGAGAAGAAGAGCCUCAGGGCUCUUUCCGCGCUUUGCGAUGCCCUCAUCGACCACGAGGGUCUGGUCGAGCUCGACCUCUCGGACAAUGCCUUCGGUGGCCGCUGCGCCGACGCGAUGACCUCCUUCCUGAAGAACAAUGACGUCUACCAGGUCAUCAAGCUCAACAACACUGGUCUCGGCCCCGAGGGCGGCAAGGUUAUUGCCGGCGCUAUCCUCGAGCUCGCCAACCGCCUGAAGGAGGAGGGCAAGACGAGCCAGCUCCGUACCGUUGUGUGCGGACGGUCGCGUCUCGAGAACGGCUCGGCCUCGGUCUGGGCUGACGCCUUCGCGGCUCACGGCGGUCUCAAGGAGAUCCGUAUGCCCCAGAACGGUAUCCGCAUGGAGGGCAUUGAGGCGCUCGCCAAGGGUCUCGCGCACAACAAGGACCUCGAGCACCUCGACCUCCAGGACAACACCGCCACCCGCUCCGGCACCCGCGCCCUCGUCCGCGUCCUCGAGAACUGGCCCAACCUCCGCCACCUCAACCUCUCCGACUGUCUCCUCGGCAAGGCCGGAGGUAUCGCUCUCGGAACCGCCCUCGCCAACGGCAGCAACCCCAAGCUCGAGAGCCUCAAGCUCCAGUACGGCGAGUUUGACAAGCGCACCAUCGAGCUCCUCUCCACCGCCGUCGCCCAGCACCUGACCAACCUCACUGAGCUCGAGCUCAAUGGAAACCAGUGCGACGCCGAGGACGAGGCCAUCGAGGAGCUCCGCAAGGCGCUCGCUCUCCACGGAAACGAGGACGCCCUUGAUGACCUCGACGACAUGGAGGAGCCCUGCUCGGACGAGGAGGACGAGAGCGAGGAGGAGGAAGAGGAGGAGAAGGAGGCCGAGGAGCAGGAGACUCCCGAGGGCGAGGACGACGGCGUCGCCGCCGGCGUCUCGGACGGCAAGCCCCCCAUCUCCGACAAGGAGGCCGACGACCUCGCCGACGUGCUCGCCGGCACCCACAUCAACAAAUAG